CGCAGAGUGGCGCACCGCAGCGCGGCAGAGCGCAGCCGCAGUAGAAAAGGCGCAGACACAGCGGCACAGCAUAGCAGCAGCAGCCAGCAGCAACCAUGGCAGACGAAAAGCCCAAGGAGGGAGUCAAGACUGAGAACAAUGAGCACAUCAACCUGAAGGUGGCAGGGCAGGAUGGCUCAGUGGUCCAGUUCAAGAUCAAACGGCACACUCCCCUCAGCAAACUGAUGAAAGCAUAUUGUGAACGGCAGGGGUUGUCAAUGAGACAAAUACGGUUUCGCUUUGACGGUCAGCCCAUCAAUGAAACAGACACACCCUCACAGCUAGAAAUGGAGGAUGAAGACACAAUCGAUGUGUUCCAACAGCAAACCGGAGGCUCUCCUCUCUAAAGACUGUUUCCUAAGCGUGCCCCUCCCACCCCAUGACCCCCCCACCCCCCACCCCUGUCUUUGUUAUACCCAGUCUUCAAAUGCUCAUGAGACCAGUGUUGAUACCAUUCAGUGGAAAACUUGUACAAAAUACCCCAGUGCAACAGCACAGUUGUAGAGUUUUAUCAUGCUCUAAUUCCUAUUUUAAUGCUAUGUAGACAACUUCUAAGCUGCAGUGAGUCUAAUGUGCUGGUGGAAUGAAAAACUUUACUGCCCCCUGACCCUCCUCUUUUGUUUUGUUUUUCCCCUGCUGCCCCAUCACUUGAUUUGGUAAAAAUAAAUAAAUUCAUGGUCCUUUUUUUUUUCUUUUUCCUCCCCCUCUUUUUUUUUUUUUUAUACUUCCAUCAUUGGAGUUUGAUUCAGAUAGAAUUUUGUCAUUGUUGAGUAAGCCUGUGUUUUAAAUUCACUGACAUCUGUUGUUAUGAAAAUGUAUUAUUGGAAUAAAUUGAUUUUUUUUUU